CGGUUGGCACAAUUUUGUGUGUUGACACUUUUUUGGUUUUAGGGAUACUCAUAUUUGUUAGGUUGGGUGUAGCUAUGUUUUCAUCCCCAACCUAUCCCAACCCAAUCCAUCCCAAAUCCCCACGAUUUGGGAGGAUUCCCUUGGGAUUCCCUCCGAUUCUCCCUUAUCCCUUCCCAUCCUCUCCGAUGCUCGGUACUUAAGGAUGUAUGCUCUUGCUCAUUUCAAUCAAUCAAGUUCUCAGUUUCUGAUAUGGUAUCAGAGCUCGUUUCCGCCUAAGCGGCUCUUGAUCCUCUCGCUCCGUUGGAGCCUAGCAUUUGCGUCUUACGACGCAAAGCUUUUCUAGUCGCCUCAACUCAGCGCGGCGCUUCUUUUCGGGCUGAAGCCCGUCGCCCCGCAUCUGCUCGUCACACCUGAUCGGGCUGAGCCCGUCGCCCCGCAUCUGCUCGUCGUACCUGAUCGGGCUGAGCCUGUCGCCCCGCAUCUGCUCGUCGCACCUGAUCGGGCUGAGCCCGUCGCCCCGCAUCUGCUCGUCGCACCUGAUCGGGCUGAGCCCGUCGCCCCGCAUCUGCUCGUCGCACCUGAUCGGGCUGAGCCCGUCGCCCUGCAUCUGCUCGUCGCACGUGAUCGGGCUGAGCCCGUCGCCCCGCAUCUGCUCGUCGAAGCUGGACGGGCUGUCGCCCGUCGCCCUUGCAACAGCGGGGGGGUGCAGCGGCGAAGCGGAAAGGGGGCAGCGGCGAAGCGGAAAAGGGGGGGUCGCGGAGCAGCGGGAUUGCAGCAGCACAUCGCGGGUUUCCAUAGAUUUUUGGCGUUCAGAUUUCCCUCUUUAUCGACUAUUCCUCUUCUCCGAGUGUUGAAAAUCCGCAAAGGGAAACCCUGUUUUUCGCGGAGCCCGCGCUGCGCGCAGCUCGUUUAAGUCGCCGAAGUGCCUAUCGGCGACUUAAGAGCUGCGCUACGCGCGGAGAAAGGGUCCUUGGAGCAUCAUGGCGUAUCCUUCCGCGUCUCUCUCAAACCCGAUCACUCCCUUGCGCCUCGACCCAAAUGGCUCGAGCCCGAACUUCAAGGAGUGGAGCUAUGGGGUUGAUAAGCAUCUCCUAAGCCGCAAAAUUGAGGGGAUUUGCCUCAAGGAUGUCCUCCUCAAUUGCGGCAAAGGAAAGAUGCCGAUCCUUCCCAAGAAGCUCUCGGCCACAGCCACAGGGGAAGAGUUAAAAACCCAUGAGGAAUCCAUGUCCAAGUAUGAGGAAUCUUACAGCGUGUGGGAGCAAGCCGACGCCGCUAUCAUUGGCGUCUUCGUCGGCACUACCCCUUCCGAGCUCGUCAAAACUUACCAUAACUACCCCUCCGCGCACGCCAUCUGGGAGUACCUCAACGACCGCUUCCUCAACAAAACCGCUGUGGGGGUGGCGAUCCUCAUCCCCCGCAUGUUUCAACCCACCACCAAUGCCCUACUUGCACGCUUCACACUGACCGCCAACAACCUCUACACACUCCAAGUACCUCCAUCUUCCACAGAAGCACACUCUACCUCCACCACAUCAUCAUGCUCCUGCCGUCAGCUCACCGAUCCAACCAUUCUUUACCACCAUCCUCAUUCGUAGCCGCGAUGUCGCCUUUGACGAGAGUCGCCCUUUUUACCUCUCUUCACCACCCCCCACCGCUCCACCUUCGCUUGUGUGGGCUGAUUUCGAUACUUCACCCACCCCACCUCCUCCCUCUGCCGCUCCUGCGGCCCCCUCACUCUCACCUUCCCCAUCUCCUUC